AUGAUUAAAGCAAUUAUCGUGUUCAACAAUCACGGCAAACCGAGACUUCUCAAAUUCUAUCAGCAUUAUCCCGAAGAAGAACAGCAACACAUUGUUCGUGAAACAUUCCAACUUGUUUCGAAACGUGAUGAUAACGUUUGCAAUUUUCUGGAAGGUGGCAGUUUGAUUGGUGGCUCGGAUUACAAACUAAUCUACCGACAUUACGCUACUCUUUAUUUUGUUUUCUGCGUGGAUUCGUCAGAAAGUGAACUUGGCAUAUUGGAUCUUAUACAGGUUUGUUUGGGUUCUCUUUAG